AUGAUCGAAGUCCAGAACGUCACAAAGUAUUACGGUCAGGUGCGAGCUCUGCAUAAUGUCUCCUUCGAUGUGAAACCGGGAGAGAUUGUUGGUUUGCUAGGCCCAAAUGGAUCAGGAAAAACAACCUUGAUGCGUAUCCUGACUGGUUUCUUUCCGCCAACCGAGGGGAAAGUACUUGUGGCUGGACAUGAUGUUGAAAAAGCCUCGUUACAGAUGCGCCGAAAACUCGGCUAUCUCCCCGAAAACGUUGUCCUCUAUCCGGAUAUGUCAGUCCGGGCUUUUCUCGGUUUCAGCGCUCGGGUGAAAGCCUCCAAGGGUACUGAGCGACGCAGGCAGGUCGCGCGGGUGUUGGAGGAAUGUGGACUGGCUCAUAUGGCCCGGCGCCAAAUGGGAACGUUGUCAAAAGGCUACCGGCAACGGGUCGGUUUGGCCCAGGCACUUUUGUGUGAACCAGAAGUGCUGAUCCUGGACGAACCCACGAUUGGUCUUGAUCCAAACCAGCUCAUUCACAUGCGCGAGUUGAUUCGGGGAUUAGGAGGAAAAACAACUGUUCUCCUGUCGAGCCAUAUUCUGGCGGAAGUGGCCCAAGUGUGCCAUCGAGUUGUCAUUAUCAAUACGGGUCAGAUCCUGGCAGAAGAUACGCCUGAGGGCUUGAGCAAACGCCUCCAGGGGGCGACUCAAACCCGAAUCCGAGUCGAAGGCCCGGCGCAAGAAGUCCAAAAUGCACUCCGUGCCCUACCUGGGGUGAGUGAUGUGGUAUCUGAAGAGCAAGAGGCCGAGGAUCUGUCGGGUCAGAUGUAUGUCGUCCUGUCAGAAGAUAGAAGCGUCACGCAUGAGAUCGCAAAAACCGUUGUGAAUCGUGGUUGGCAACUUCAGGAGCUCAAUCCUGUCACUGCUGGUCUCGAAGAGCUCUUUGUCCGUCUCACAAAAGAAGAACAACGCCCGGCUGCUUGA